UUUUGUGCAAAUCACGUCGAGCGACGUGAUUAAUCUCUCGGAUUCCUGGAAAUCUGACAUGCUUGAGUUACAGCCCCGCCGCCUCUCCGAUUUCGCCAGGAAACGGCUCGGGCAUAAUGAGAAACAAAAUGUCCUCUGCGCCGCGCUCUCGGCGGCCCUGGCGGUUCCCUUGGAGCCCCCGAAUACUUUUAUCUCUCGGCGGCCUCCAUCCCAUCGCUAACACGGGAGCCGAGGGGCGCGAAAUCGAGGCGGGAGAGCGGGGGGAGGAGAGAUGAGAGAGACGCGAGAGGCUCCGGGGUGAAUGGCAAGUAGGUCGUCGGGAAGAUGCCUGCGUGAUCCCGGUCCCGUGAGGGGGAAACGAGACCCGUGUACACCCUCCACACCACCGAAACACGCGUUCAUAAGGAGCGGCAGCUCGAGGAGUCAAACUUCCUUUUCCCGCUUGAACGCGAAGAAGUUGCGCGCGAGGGCGCAGGCGGGGAGCCUGUUCAGGAUUCCUCUGCGCCCUUAAACUCAGCCCGCCCCUCCCCCCCCCCGCCGUCUCUGAGGAAACGUGCCUGCCUGGAGCGCGGGAAAGUUCCCGCGCUGCGCCAGCCGAGGCGCGCUUUGACGCGGGAGUCCCGCGGAGUUGCCCCAGGAGGCGCCGGCGGCGGCGCCCUGACUCCAGAGGGAACGCAGCGGGUUCGUCGUGGCCCGCCCGACGAGCGCCCCCGCGGGCUUCUUGGGCAAAGCGGUCGCCGCCGCCUGAGGCGCAGCCAGCAGCGCCGCGCGCCGCGCUCCCUGAGGCGCUCCCGCCUCCCCACCCCGGGCCGUUCCCAUUAGCGGGCGGGGCGGGGUGGGGGCUCCCUCGCUUGCUCCUCGCCGCCCUUCUCCCUCCAGGCAUUGGCGAGGCCGCCUGUCAAUCAGCCGCCAACUCCCCCCCGCCCGCCCGCCCGCGUCUCCCCCAGCGCCGCACGACGGGGCUCCGGAGCGCGAAGGCGGCGGCGGCGGCGGCAGACGGGGCUCUGGAGAGCGCGGGCGAGCGGGCGCUGCCGAUGGAGGAGGCGAUGCAGGCGGUGGCGGAGGAGGGCCCCAGCGUGGCCAAGAUCUACAAGCAGCAGCGCAGCCCUUACAGCGCCCUCAAGACCUUCCCCAGCAGCCGGAGACCGGCGCUGAGCAGGCGCUACGAGAGACCCACCAUGGUGGAGAUCCCUCAGGUCAGGGCGGGCGUCGGGCAGCAGCAGCAGCAGCACUUCCAGCCGCUGCCCGCCGUCGGCUCGUCGUCGUCGUCCCUCAGCGAGCACCAGCUGCCUUACCAGGCGCACGGCUCCUACCCCGGCGCCAGAGCCUCGCAGGGCCACCCGCCCCGGACGCCGGCUCCGCAGCUGGGACACCAGGCAGCGGCUCCUGCCGCCGCCGCCGCUUCGUCGUCGUCCUCGUCGGCCAGGUACGGCCACGGCCACCAGGGGGCAGCAAGCAGCAGCAGCAGCAACAGCAGCAACGAGGGAAGCGGCAGCCUGGAGCUCAGCGCAGAGAGCCGUAUGAUUCUGGAUGCCUUUGCCCAGCAGUGCAGCCGGGUUCUUAGUCUUUUAAACUGUGGUGGGAAACUUCUGGACAACAGCCGCACUCAGUCUUUGGUUUCCUGUGUUAAGCAGGAGAGCCUGAGCUUUAGUGAAAGACCAGAGCAGUGCCAGAUUGGGAAAAUGGUCCAUAGCCAAGCGUCAGACAACUUGGACCUAGAGCUGCAGUACAUGCACAAGAAGCAGCAAACCUCUGCUUUUCUGAGAGUCUUUACCGAUUCCCUUCAAAACUAUUUGCUUUCUGGAAGCUUUCCAUCUCAGAAUGCUUCCUCCUUGAGUGAUUUUGGCCAUUUGGCCGACAUGGAUCCACUUUCAACCUCUCCAGUGCACACGUUGGGUGGAUGGACAUCCCCAGCAACCUCCGAGUCCCAUGGCCACCCAUCCUCUUCCACGCUUCCAGAGGAGGAGGAGGAGGAAGAGGAAGGCUACUGUCCUCGUUGCCAAGAGCUGGAGCAGGAGGUAAUUUCAUUGCAACAAGAAAACGAGGAACUCCGACGGAAGCUGGAGAGCAUUCCAGUGCCCUGCCAGACUGUUUUAGAUUACUUGAAGGCUGUUCUUCAGCAUCACAAUCAGCUUAUGAUUCCUCAGCCAGCAGAGCAGCCAGCAGAGGGGAGCAAACAGUUGCUUAACAACUAUCCCGUCUACAUCACUAGCAAACAGUGGGACGAGGCAGUGAACUCCUCAAAGAAAGAUGGGCGGAGGCUCCUUCGAUACCUCAUCCGAUUUGUCUUCACCACCGAUGAGCUUAAGUACUCGUGCGGCCUUGGGAAAAGGAAAAGGUCAGUGCAGUCAGGAGACACUGGUCCUGAAAGACGCCCUCUGGAUCCAGUAAAAGUAACAUGUCUCAGAGAAUUCAUUAGGAUGCACUGCACGUCCAACCCUGAUUGGUGGAUGCCUUCUGAGGAACAGAUAAACAAGGUGUUCAGUGAUGCCGUGGGACAUGCACGGCAAGGUCGUGCGGUGGGGACGUUCCUCCAUAACGGCAACUCGUAUUACGAAGGGAUUGAGCAACAUAGUUCGCAAGACGACCUCUUCAACAGGGGCAUCCACGAUGGAUCUGGAGACUGAUGGCAAAGGGGCAAACUGUAUUGGGGCAGUGAAAGAGACUGUGUGUUUGAUGUGCUGUUUGACGUGACUUAAGAACCCAAAGCAUGUUCAGAGUCUUGUUUCAUCCAAGGCCUUCCUGUGAAACCCCAUAGUGUCUAAGCCCAGACUUCUCAAACACAAUUUAAGGAUGCAAACCUACUUCUGAGUGGGUGGGGAGCAGAAUUCUCCUCAACGCAAAAUAAUAAUAAUAACCCCGCCACACACACCUUGAAAAUUGGCAUGUCAGGAAACAGGCCAGGCUAGGAAGAGUCUGCCUUACGUUUGUUUUUUUAUGUGAAGGAUUUCAUCUCCUGUAUUUUCCGUAUUCGAGUCUCCACCUGCCAUCUUAACGCACAAAACUCAGAUGCGGUUUUAUAUUCCCACCUCACAUGUGGCAAUGAAAACCAGUCUCACAGCACUAUAUAUCUUCACAGUGGUCAAAUGCAGUCGCACCCCCCACUGAUACACAACUUUACACUUCUGAGUUCAUGUGCAAUUUAGGGAUAAGGAACGUGUAGUGACAUUUCAUUAAAUCUGGAAGGCAUCUAAAUCAGGGAGAGUUUUGACAGGUUGCAUUUUAUUUUGGAAGUUUUCCUAUCUUUUGGGGGGGGGCAGGGGCGGGAAUGUCACCUAAAGAUGCUGGAACUAGUCUAUACUGCUAAUAGAUUGAUAAAUGUUCCAAGAGAUAA